AAAUAUUAGUCGUCUGCUAUACUGCCCCGUCAGCUUUAUAAAUCGUCUGCUAUAUUUUGUUGAUAAACAAUUUAUCUGGUUACGCUCGAUAGUUUUUUUCUUAGUCGAGCAUAACGUGUACCCGGUAUGGUAUAUAUAAGGCAAAACCCGUGCAGAAACUCACUCUUUACACGUCUGCAGUACAGAUUGACUGGUUUAAAACAUUUAUCUGCUAUCUACAUUGUCAAAUUAUGCCACGUGGCCGCGGAUGCGUACGUCCACAAAGACUGUCGCGGAACAACACCGCCAGGCAGCCCGAGCCAGCAAGGAGCGCAACAAGGAGCCAACAACCUUCAAACAGAGGGAGGAAACGAACGGCAGAGGUCCCGUUGGAAGAUUUUGUUGACGAGAGGGUGUCGCAAACGAACGCUGGUGAGUCAAACGUAGUAGAUUUUGAGCAGAUAAUAAGGGCUUCGAAUAUUAUUCCAAAAAAUUUGACCGAUAACGUUGGUUCUGCUGCAAAUAAUGUUUCUACGGGGUGUGGCAAUAUGUUACAAUCUGUGGGUUUAGAUAGUUCUACUGCGAAUCAUUCCAACGAUAUUUUAAAUGUUUUGCCUGGAAUACGUUUAGCCGAUGAUGAUUUGGCGGCGCACGUGCCAACAUCUCUUAAACAAAAAAUUUGUAGAGGUGAAUAUGUAAAUUUGAUGUUAUUAUUGAAAGGGGCAGUCGAGCUUUCAGAAUUUUGUAAAGGGACGGUGUUUAAGUUAGAUAGUGAAGGUCACAUAGAAUCCGCUCAAAAAGAAUGUAAAGAGCAGAUCAAUUGCAUUGAGAAAUGGACAAACGCAUUUAUUAUAUAUGCGUCCAUUUAUUUAUCAUCACACGCUGACAAAAUCUAUGAAAUUUUGCAUUAUAUGUUUAAUAUCAGAGAUUGUGCCUCGCGCCAGGGUGGUCUUUCAUGGAGGACUUACGACGAGCAAUUUCGUCUAAGACAGGCCAUUGCUCCUCAAUCAUGGUCGAAAAUAAACAAUGAGUUAUGGUGGCGCUGUGUACAAGUUAGACCAGUUUUACGUGACCAAUCGCAAGGGGCAGGACUUGAAAAAAUUCAGAGAAUUAGCUCCGGAAGCAGAUCAGCUACCUCACCCAGUUCCAGAAUUCCUUUGGAGCGUCUUCGAUUUAGAGCUCGAACAUUGUUACAAAGUGGAUUAGCGCCAAAUACUUGA